AUGAUGAAGUUCAAUGACUUAGCUAAUGGUUUCGCCAGCGAUGACGAACAAUAUAUCGAGCGGCGGCAGCCAAAGUCCCUAGAGAUAUGCAACUAUGUACUAUACUUUCCAGUGGCUUCGAUCCUACGGAGAACACGAUGGGUACUGUACGGUACAUGGACUGGCAUGAAGAUCCAAAAGGGGGGAAAUGAGAAGCACCGUGUGCUCAGCCCGCCCCCUUCACAGCUAUUUGAUAUGAAUAUGUAUAUGUACAGUACUUAUCUCAACAUUUCUCCCUCCGAUAGUUUCCACAUCCGAGGCCAACCAGACCAUGUAUGCAGGCGGGGUGGGGAAAUAUCAUCGACGUACAUCACACGUACCUACCUCCCCGAACCAUUCACCAACGCUGAGGAGAAGACAGACAGUGUUGAAGAAUUCAUCCUUUGCCAUUUACACUGCGCAGAUAUUUUAGGUCACCGAGUGCUGCAGGGUGCUUGUGUGGCGCGGAUGAGCACAGCUCGGCCUGCAGAAGUGGGGAAACUGGGCGAUGUGAGGAGCCUAGGAAGUAGGCUAGGGAUUACGUCAUUCAGUGGCUGGUGAUCUUUAUCAGUGUGGCGCAUUCAGCACUUGUGGCGCUCCAAUAGCUACCUAGGUUAACCUCGGAUAUUGCCAGAUUAGGAGGCGAACUUCACCGACGAAAGACGAAAUAUCAAGCAAAGGUAGGUGGGUCUGAAC